GUUGUGGCUCCCACCCCUGUGAUGUGCCACAACAAGAAGCGCAGGGGAGCACCAAAUCGGUUUAUUUAUUUUCAAUAGCUAAUCUUGAGUACUUCAACUUCUACUUUAGAGCGCGCGUUUUCCUUUGAUCGAUUAGAUACGAGAGAAGGAGAACACAUCUUCGACUCGGACGUGCGGGAUCAUUUUAGUAUAUAGAAUUAUGUCCUCUUCCGGCAGCACGGCGCACCGCGUACGCACGAGGCUGUCCGACUGGCAAGAAAAUGCGAAACAGCUGACGCAGUUACGCAGGGACGAGGACCGAAACGACAACCAGGCGGAGUUUCUGCGGCGGGAACUGUCGCAGCGGAUCAAGGAACAGGCCCUGUUCAGCAAGCAGGAGCGGGAGCAGAUCAUGGCCUGCGUGGCGGCGCAGAAAAAGCUGGACUUGCUGAAAACGGCCGUGUGGAAGAAAAAAACUGCGAUAGAAAAGCUGCAAGCGAAUUUAUUGGAGAAAAAAUCCCUUCUGUCGGAGAAGCAAAGACACAACGAAUCGCUGCGGAGAAGUGUGCAGUCGGUGGUGAAGCGGUUUAAGGAGAUGCACACAGCAAGAGAUAGCCAUCAAGUGCCUAUGCUUAAUACAAUACCGCCGCCUGCAGGCCGCGCAGCUGGGGGUGUCGUGGGGGCGGGGGUGUCGCAUCUUCCCAGUAGUAAUACGGGAAAUAACUACGGAGCAUCUUCGUCGUCUUCCACGACCAGCGGAGGUGGUGGUGGUGCACACAAUGCGAAAGUCCCGAACCACCUCGCCGACAACGCCAUGCUGUUGCGCGCACGGCGGAUCUACAUGGCGCGGCAGCUGAUGCAGCUUUUCCCGAUCGAGAAGCGCACGGACCACGAGUAUCGCGAGGAAAAAUCCCCCCUCCCCAUAUUGAAAAGGUGCGCUUUCGAAAAUUUGCGUUGCUGAUUUGUUACCACAAAUCGCGUCUGUCUUGCAAGAAGGCAACCUCACAGGUUCCGCCGCAUUAUGCAGGCGGUUUGUCAUGCUGUUGGGCCUACAGCGCAGACGUUUUUUAUGCUAAGCGACUAGGCCAAAGCCUCUCUACUCUGGCUUGAUAUGGGUCUGCAGUCCUCUCCAGCAAGACAAAUCUCAUCUGUUUACGCAAAUCCAGCAUCAGAAACAUCGUUUUGAUAUGGGGAGGGGGGAUUUUUCUUUUUGAUAACGAGCCAAGGAGGAUUCGGAGUCUGCCCGUCUCGGUGAACCUGUCCCAAGUGGAUUCCGGCCGCGAGGCGGAGAUUCGGAACACGGCCCUGGGCUACGUCGCGCACUUUUUUCUGCUGCUGACGAAGUACCUGGAUAUAUCCUAUGUAAAAACGCCCCCACCCCUGAGUUGUCAUGCAGAUUUGCGACUACAGGAACAUUUGUAAUGCGCAGCUCUACGAGAGGCAUUUCCAAUCGUGUUUUGGAAUCUGUAAUGCUGUAAACAGGAUGGGAAAGUGGCUUUCUCAUGCAGCUUCUCUUGGUAACCAGCACUACACUGCAGAUAGAAACUUGUCAUGCACAACUCCCAAACUUUGGAGAUUUGUGUUGCAGAUUUACCAUCAACUUGACUUUGGGGUGGGGACGUUUUUAGUCAGGAUAGAAUAUACCGGUCCGCCACUCCGUCCGGUUUUCCGGCACGUCGCUGUGCUUCGUUCUGUAUCAGAAGGCAAAAUCCCCCCUCCCCAUAUUGAGCGGGUAUGUUUCCGAAAAUUUGUGUUGCGGAUUUGAGGUCACAAAUCACAUUUGUAUUGCAAGAAAACAAGGGCAGAAGCUUCCGCCCCAUUAUGGAAGCGGUUUGUCUUGCUGUUGGGCCUAAAGGGGAGCCGUUUGCCAUGCUGAACAACUAGACCCCUACGCCCCUAUCUAGCCCGGGGACCUGGCCGCAAUGCCUCUCUGCAAUACAAAUCUGAUUUGUGUACACAAAUCCAGCAUCAGAAGUUUCGUGUUGAUAUGGGGAGGGAGGAUUUUUCCAUUCGAUAUUCUGGCGAACAUACGCAUUGCAACUUAUAUCGAUCUAGGUCUGGAAACUUAUAAAGUGCUAGUCUGGUAUGAAAAUAAUUAUUUCUAUACGCGCACUGCAAUAGUACGCAGACGCAGCCAUGCAUGACAAGUUUCUGAGCUGCUACAAGGCGAAGCUGCGCAUGAAGAUUCCGCAUGACCAGGUGCAUCACAGAGUUCCGAGUCAGACCGAUACUGUUUCCUUGGAUAGAAGAGCCCGACGUGCAACACCGCCGGGCUGGCAAGUUUGAACGAGUUGUUUUCAUCAAACUCCGGGGCCGCGAUGAACCACGCUUCUUCCGCCUCCGCCGCCGGAACAUCCGCAGCAACCGCGGCGCUGGGGGUCGCGUCCGGCCUGACGAAUGUGGCGAAGAACAUCCAAAAUUUCAUCACCAGCGCGGGCAUCACGCAGCAGCAGUUUGAGCGGCAGAUCACGGUGUGCCCCAUGUUCUACCGCGGGUCCUACAACAGCAAGUCUAAAUUCCCCUUCGAAAGCACGGGGUCCAACUUGCAGCAAGCCGUAGGGCACCUGUUGGCGAACCUCGCGCAGCUGUACCUGGCGUUGGGCUACGAGCAGCUGACGAUGAGGGAGGGAUAUGACCUGCUCAAGCGUUACAAUCUCAAACGUUACAAUAGAACUGGGAAAUCUGUGAUGCAAGAAGUGCAUGAUCUAGCCAAGUCUCAUAGGACUGCGCAUGACAAGUUCCAGAGUCCCAAACCGCGCUACAAUCUGCCGCAAUUUGUGUUGCGGAAAGUGGAGUGGUCUGUGAGUCUGUCAUGCUCAUUAUGCAAGACAAAUUUUUCCAGAUUCUAUUGUAACGUUUGGGAUUGUAACGUUUGAGCAGGCCAUAAGGAACUGUUGGAAAAUCUAGAAUUUCUCCUCGCCAAGGAGUUUCUGUGAUGAAGGGUACUACGUAUCCUAUGUAAAACCGUCCCCGCCCCAGAGUCGUCGUACAAAUCUGCAUGCCAAAAAAGUUUCUCAUGGGAAGCCCCAUGAGAAGCCUUUUCCAGUCGUGUUUUGGGAUUUGUGAUGCUAGAAAUAGCAUGAUGUGAUAGAUCUGUGAUGCUGCUAAACUAGCUCAACAGGAUAACACUACGAGGGCGAACUUGUCAUGCGAAACAGCCAAAGUCUGCUGAUUUGUCUAGCAGCUUUCCCAUCUUGACUCUGGUAUGGGGACGUUUUUACUCGGUAUACUGCGCCCGAAAAGUUUGAGUUAUGGAAAAUGUUCGGUGUGAAGCGAAUUCCUAGAAUGAUUCCUUGCGACGAAAAAUGAAUAAAAUCAAGCGACUGGAGGUGCCUGGCUGUUUUUGCAUGACGAGUAGCCAGAUAACAAACUACUACACAACUCGCAUGACGAGAUCGGCGAUGCCGUAAAUACAAGCAAGUAAUGCGAAGAAAGAGAAACGAGAAAGCGUGAUAGAUGGG